CCAAACAAAAAAAAAGAUGGUGGAAAUGAGAGAGUGAUGAAAUGGUUAUCUAAAUAGUUGCCUUCCAUUGUAAUCUCUAGCCGUUAUCUUCUUCCUUCUACUUCUGAGUUCUGAGGGCAUUAACAACAGAGCAAACAGAAAAUGAUCAAAACUCGUUCUCAGCGGAUCAAGCGGAUGAAUGUCGUAGAUGCAAUUGACGUGCGGUCUCAGGUUUCUGUCAAGUCUACCCGGUAUUGUAAGAAACUUAGUAAGUACCUUGCAGAGCUGCAGUUAGCUGAAUCAAAGAAGAAUCCAUCAUUCAUAUUAUGUCCUACUAUGGGGCCAGCAAUGAAGCUGUAUUUGAUGGAUGCAAGGAGUUUUAGACGUUCCCUCCUCAACACUAUCGAUCCAUCUCAGAAAAGCCAUGAGGAGUCAAUGUACAUGGUAUCAUCCUAUAAUGGACUCAUCUGUUGUGUGAAUGAAAUAUGUGACGAAGACGUACAAAACAAGUUUUGUGAUCUGCAGAUAUGGAUAUGCAACCCUUGUACGAGGGAAACUCUCCUUCUUCCCCAAGGGAGACCCUCAUUUGGGUUUGUGCCAAGUGUAGGAGUGGCUUAUGGCUCCGACAUCAGUGACUAUAGGAUUUUCCGUAUAUUCUGCAUAAGGAAGAAAAUUCCUAUAGAAAAGGUAACUGUAAAGGGAUACUAUUAUCAAGAAGGUGAAGUCGUUUACACUUUAGCAUAUGAAUGUGAGGUGUAUUCGUCCAGCAAUGGUUCUUGGAAAAAUAUUGGCCCUGUGCCUUGUUUUCCUAUGCGUUCGGCUGUUAGGCCAUUCAGAAGUGGUCAUAUCUUUGUUGGAGGUAAAAUAUAUUGGCUGGCUUCUUUAGAUGAGCCAGGUGAGAUCCUCUCAGUGGAUUUGGAAGGGAAAUUUGAGGUUAUAAACUUGCCUGAGUAUCCAGAUGGUAUACAUGGUGAAGAAACGAUCACGGAUGCUACCUAUCUGAUGAAUUUGCAAGGAUCUCUCUCAUUGUUUGUUCUACAUCCAAGCUACAUGGAUAUAUGGGUUUGGAAACACGAUGGUGAGAAAUAUAGUUGGGACCCUUUAUUGACGGAGAAAACUCCAAUCAAAGAUGAAGAACUGGUUAUAACUGUAAGUUCAUUAAAGAACAAGAUCAUAUGUCUGACUGAUACACAAUGGCGUGUAUAUGAUAUGGGGACAAAGAAGUGGAAGAAGAUAAGGAGUCCUAGUACUGGAUUUAGGAAUCCUGCUGUUUUCCCAUUCACCGAAAGCAUUCGUCCAUGUAAUGGUGGUGUAGGACAGUAGAAGGAACAUGAAGAGGAACGUUGUUCUCUGAUGCAGAGAUUGUUGAAUUGGAAGGCUAAGUAUUGCUAGGAGACAGGAGCUGUCGUAUUGGUAGGAUUUUAUAACUUUUCUGUUUGUUUCAGUCAGUUUGUCUCUCUUUUCUCUUUUUCUUUAAACUUGGUUUAUACAGUUUCUGAUUUCGAGCUUCACUAAUAGUACUAUUAAGCCGUAGGUGUUUUGUCUCUGAACAAAGUUUAAUGCUAUGGUAUGGUUCACCUUUUGUUGUUAUUGUGCU